AACUGCUGACAUGUACUCGUACACCUGCAUGUUACCGUUGCAACGUCAUACUCUCGUACAUGUUGUUGUCAAAGAAUGUUGUUUGUUUUGACUUGAUGGGUUCUGAAGUUGGGUAGGCCUAGUUUGCUGACUUUGAACACAGUAAAGCUAUUUUAAUUGUUUAAUGCAUCGUCAGUUUAUAAUCGAAAUCGGACUAAGAUCAGUAUUACAGUAAUGACAGAAAAUCUCAUCAGCGUACUCUACUACAAGUUACAAUAUGGGGAAAAAAGAUGUUCAUGGUAUAGGUCCAGUAGAAAACUACCGUAAAAAUAUUGGAAAGCAAGAAAAUAAACGGAGCAAGAAAGACAUGAAAGUGGCUAAGAAGAAGGCACAACAGAGGAAAAGUGGAGCAUCCAGAAGUCGUAUAAGUGAAGCUUUUCUUGUACUUGUGGCAUUGUGCGCCCUCUUGUGUUUUGUUUAUUUUAUAUUUGCAAUUCAACUUCGGAAGGUGGAAGACACUAAGGAUGCCUGAUAUUUUCCUGAACGUGAAUAGUAUUCAACAGUCAUUAUCCAAAGAGUCCGUCAGUUGCCUUAUGACCAAUUUAGGACCAGUGAAAAAAUUUUGGUCAAAAUAUCAUUCCUGAAAGUUAAGUUUGGUGAUUUUCACUGA